GUUCGGCUCAAACAUAAAUAUUGCGCAAGAUCCUAGAAUGAUUAGAUAAUAUGACAAAACCAUAAAACAGCACAUAAGCGCUAUUAGUGCUUAGUACUCUUCUAUAACGUGAACGUUACAGUGUGGUGUUUGAGAUGGCAAUGUUAACGGACAGUUGGUUACUAGACUUUUUAACUCUGGUAAUUACUUCAACAGUAGUUUUUAUAACAUGGAUGAAAUAUUCCUAUACUUACUGGCAACGUAAAGGUAUAAUGACUCCACCUACCAGUUUUCCACUUGGGCAUGCUAAGGGCCUGUUUACGCAGUCAGAAUCACCUAGCGAUUUCAUCUUAAAUUAUUUUAAAUAAUAUUAAUAAAAUAAUAUUUUAAAAGUCACGAUCAACCACAUGGAGGUCUCUGUAUUAUGUAUAAGCCAUUAUAUAUACCUAUAGACUUAGACAUCAUUAGAGGCAUUCUACAAAACGGUUUCGGCAAUUUUGUCGACAGAGGCCUUUACUACGAUGAGAAAAAUGAUCCACUAAGUGCUCAUCUAUUCUACUUGGGAGGUGUAAAGUGGAGGAACCUUAGGACAAAAUUAACUCCAACAUUUACAUCAGGGAAGUUAAAAAUGAUGUUCGAUACUUUGGUUACUUGCGGUGAUCAGCUGAAAGCGAAGAUGGACAAAACUGCAGGCAAGGAAGCUGUCGAUAUCAAAGAUAUAUUGGGUCGUUUCACUACGGAUAUCAUUGGAAAUUGUGCAUUUGGAAUAGACUGCAACUCACUGAAGAGCGCGGAAAACGAAUUUAACCGAUAUUUUAAGUCAUUCUUCGUCAAUACAUUUUGGGAGAACGUGAACGCUUUUAUCACUUUUAUCUUCCCAGACUUAGCCAAGAAACUGAAAAUUAAAACUAUCAAACCAAAAUUAUCAAAAUUCUUUAUGAAAAUAGUUAAAGACACGGUGAAAUAUCGUGAAGAAAAUAAUAUCUACAGAAAAGACUUCAUGCAUUUAUUGUUGCAACUCAAAAACAGAGGAAAACUGGUGGACGAUAAUAGUGUACUGAGGGAGGAAAACGAUACUAAACGAGAAGUCAAUCUGACGGUGGAUGAAAUUGCUGCCCAAUCCUUUGUGUUUUUCCUGGCUGGAUAUGAAACGUCGUCGACUCUUAUGACUUUCUGUCUUUUUGAAAUGGCAUCGAAUCCUGACAUACAAGAAAGGCUGAGAAAAGAAAUUGAAGAAGUACUUCAAAAGCAUGACAAUAGAUUUACAUACGACGCUGUGAUGGAGAUGCAUUAUAUGGAGCAAGUUAUUAAUGAAACUUUAAGAAAACAUUCUCCCAUUCCAAACUUGCUUCGCGUUUGUACCAAAAAUUACACAAUUCCGGGGACAGAUUGUGUCAUAGACAAAGGAACUCAAGUAUUUAUUCCAAUUAUGGGCAUUCAGCAUGAUCCGGAAUACUACCCAAAUCCUGAAAAGUUUGAUCCGGAAAGAUUUUCAGAAGCAAAUAAGUCGAAACGGCGUCCUUGUACUUUUCUACCAUUUGGGGAUGGUCCUCGAAACUGUAUAGGUCUGCGCUUCGGAUUAUUACAAACAAAAGUUGGACUAGGCGUUCUCUUGAAAAAUUAUAAAUUUUCGGUUAAUUCAAGAACACAGUUACCUCUAAAAUUUGAUCCAACAUCUUUUAUAUUAAGUCCAGUGGGAGGGAUGUGGCUUGAUUACACCAAAGUGUAAAAUUUACUUAACAAAAAUUGUAGACGACGAAUAAAGCACACAGAUUGAAACAAA